CGGCUCUGCUCCACCGCGGGGCCGGGCGUGAGGGGUCGGGUCCCAGGGAGUGAGAGACGGAGGAUUGACCAUGCAGCACGGCCGGUGUGUGUGAGGUGUGUGAGCGCGUUGACCCUACCGGGGGGAACCGCGGACCGCGCGGGGGGCGGCCAUGUGUGGGGGCGGCGCGCACACCACCGAGUUGGUAGUGCGGAAAGGUGGGGCAGACCGCGCAGGGCGAGACGGAC